AAAACACCCAUCUUACAGCUUGUAAGGCAGGUAGGCUUCUUAUAAUUAUAAUGAAUCACAUUACACACUCUCAUUCGGAUAGCUUUUGACAUAACAAUUAGAUGCUAAUUGACUUGGAUAUAAGAAAAGAAACUCAUAAUGAUAGCCGAACAUAGCACUGUUCUGAGCGACUUAUCAUCCGCAGCACAACUCGCGCUUCGGCAUUCUCGGAACAAGGCAAUACAGUCAUGGCUCUAUGUUCCCCUGGGGAUACUGUUGAUAUUACUGCCGUGUUUCGCGGUUAAUAAACUGUUCGGGCUUGGAUCCGUGACCUUCCCGUCCUCGGUAGCUUGUCUCGUUAUCCUAUUCUUGGCCUUGCUGCUGUCUGAGAAGGUGCUCGGCGAGCAUCGGACGAAGCGCAUUGUUGGUGUGGUUGAGAUCCCGAGCGGCUGGGUCUUGCGAUGGAUCAAUGUCUUGUUCACGCCUUCGUUCGUGCUGCUACCCCUGAGCCCCUCGAUCGGGGGAAUCGAGGUCCUCAAGAUGAUUGCCGUCUUUGUGAUCGGCUUCGUCGUGAUGAUGGCUCUCGCAGCAUAUAUGACCCGCGGCCUACAGCUCGUACUGGGGUCCUCAAAGCGGGCCCUGACUGAGCGCGCAGAGGAGCUCAACCCCAGCAGCGAGGAAAUACCCAUGACAUCGCCCUCUACGCCUGCGAGGACAUCAACUCCCGUAACCAGUUCAGAGCAACUUUCGUCCGACGAGAUCAAUGUACAGCUCCCUCCGCGCUCGCGCGACAUUGCCCAUGGCUGGCGAGAGGAGGACCUAUUACGGUCGAGUACUCCCCAGACGACAAGCGGUGACGUAACCCCCCGCGGCAUGCCCCAUCAGGCCCCUAUACCUCCGUCACGGGCAACUCGAUGGGCCGCGAUCAUCACCGCCCACAUCGACCACCUCACCUACGCCAUCCUAUUCAUCUUGGUCGGGCUCCCGCUCUACUAUGCCGUCGGCUACGCGAUGCCCAUGCACCUAGCCUUCAACAUCCUCGCCUACUUCGCCGCCAUGUCUCUCCCGCCAACCUGGCGAACCUACCUCCACCCCGUCCUCGUAUCCGCCCUCCUAACCGUCCUCGGCAUCUGGGCCCUCGGGCUAAUCAAAGGCGACGACCUCCACGCCACCCUCGCCGCGUACAAAACCGGCCUCGGGUACGUGGCGCUCUGGAGCGGAAGCAGUCACCAGGGUCUCCUCCCAGGCGCAGGCGACCUCUUCUCCAGCGUGCUCGACGCGGGCAUCGUGUCGUUCGCGCUGCCGGUGUACCAGUACCGGCGGGAGCUGAAGCAGCACUUCGCGUCGAUCCUGGUGCCCAACGUCGCCAUCUCCGUCGGCUCGCUGUUCGCGUACCCGCCCUUGUGCUACGCCAUCGGCAUCAGCGCACCGCGUAGUUUAUCGUUUACCGCGCGCAGCCUCACGCUCGCGCUGGCCAUCCCGGCUGCUGCGAACCUCGGCGGCGAUCCCAAUACUGUUGCUGCUUUGGCCAUCAUGAGUGGUAUUGCUGGGGUUUUGGUUGGACAGCCGAUACUUCGCGCCCUUAGGAUUCCUGAAGACGACUACGUCACCCGCGGCGUGACCUUCGGCGCUAACUCAUCCGCCAUCGGCGCAGCGUUGCUCCUCCGCACCGAUCCACGGGCGGCCGCGCUAUCGAUCCUGGCGAUGACAAUCUUCGGGACGAUCACCGUUCUGUUCACGUCGAUCCCGCCGAUGGCGAGCGCGAUACAGUCGCUAGUAGAGCUUUGAGCAGCUUUCGCAAAGAGGGAGGUGUAAUCUUUGCUGUUGGGUGGAUAGCAUGCAUAUAUAGGUAGACAUGUGUCCAAGGGAAGCGCCUCAACGACACUCACGCAUGGUUUAUUUCCGAUUAGACCAAGUUUCAAACUUAGAGACAGACCGGUAAACCAUCCAACAUGAGUAUAGUUCAUUGGCUUCUACCACGGCGUCGCAUAAAC